GUAUGUGAAACUUCCUUGUAGCAUAGGGGGUCACGAUGUCGCCUCUUGUCAAAGCAUGCUUUCUGUGCCUCGUUACAUUUUCUUACCAAGUGAUAAAAAUCCAAGUUCUGGCCUGCAGCAUUCCACCUCCCACGGUUGAAUGCAACGGCUCGGGAUGCAGUCUGUACAACAACCAGGGCUUGUGGGAAGACCACUCUCCAUGCAAAGCCGCCAAAUCCCUAUUUCCCACGAGCGAAGCCCAACUGGUGGCUGCAGUCGCCGAGGGCGUGAAAAACAAGCAGAAGAUCAAUGUUAUCAGCGGGUUGGCCCACAGCCACACAAGGCUUGCCUGUGUGGGUGAAGGAGGGCUCAUUAUCAGCACAAGAGAUUUUGCAUCUAAAUUAAGUGUCGACAAGAGCGCGCAAACUAUUACAGUCGAUCCGGGCGUUAUUUUCCGAGAUCUGUUGGACGAAGCCGCCAAGGCCGACCUUGCUUUCCCGACCUCGACCUCCUGGGAUGGCGUCUCGGCCGCCGGAUCGAUCAGCACUGGAGCCCACGGUAGUGGGCUCGUCGGAAAAGGCUCCGCCAUUAAUGAAUAUGUCGUCGGAAUGAGACUCGUCGUCCCUGCGUCUGCUUCCGAAGGGUAUGCUAGAGUUAUUCAGUUGACAGAAGGGGAUGAAGAUUUGAAAGCCGCCAGAUUUUCAUUGGGUACUCUGGGUGCAAUUUCGCAGAUUACCUUUGCUCUGGAGCCCAUGUUCAAGCGAUCUGUGUCUUUGAGUUUGGAAGAUGACGCUGGUUUGGAGGAUCGGCUUGAGAGCUUCCUGAGAGGCACCGAAUUUGCAAAUAUAUACUGGUAUGUUGGUCAUGCCAAGGCCUUUCUGGGGAAAAUCGACAGAGUUUCUGUGAAUACGCCAGGCAAUGGCAUCAACAAGUCCUCUUACCAGCCCAACACGGUCGCCAAAGUGGAACAAAGCGCCGCCAAAUACGAUGCCUACGAAGCCAACGAGGAUCUAGUGACUCUUUGCAACGACACUGGAAAAUCCAUGAACAACAGAGUGGCGACCAGCGGCGGAUUUCUCAACGACGGAGAAAAUUUCACGGGGUACCCAGUUGUGGGAUUUAAUCACCUGAUGCAGGCGGCGGGUGGGUGCCAAGAUUACCAUCAGAAGCGCGACAACCAGUCGUCCUGCACGAUCUCCAAAAUUACAGACCAAAACCAGUUAAUCUGUUCGUGGGAUCGGCGAGUGAAGUCCAGGCAAACAUUUGACCUCGAAAUUAGGGUUCCUCUCUCUCGGGCUCGAGAGGCCAUCAUAGACGUGAAAAAGAUCAGAGAUCUCAAUCCCAACGCCCUCUGUGCCCUUGAAGGUUCGGGCAUCGUUAUGCGUACAAUUAAGAAAUCUGAAGCUUUUCUCGGCCCUCCAGAAGACAUGGUGACAUUUGAGGUCAUUUAUUACCGGUACAGGAAGGCUUAUGUUCCGAAGUUUAACAUGGACAUCUACCAGGAGAUUGAGCAAUUGCUGAUUGAGAAAUACGGAGGGAAUCUGCACUGGGGCAAAUCGGGUGGUCAUUUGUUCGAUGGAUUGGCAAAGAGAACUGUGAAUUUGCCCAAAUUCUUGAUGGUAAAGAAGAAACUUGACCCACAGGGCUUGUUCUCCAAUGACUGGACAGAUGCCUUGUUAGGACUAAGGGGUAAAAAAGUAGAGAUUUUGAAGAAGGGAUGCGCAUUGGAGAAGCUCUGCAAAUGCAGAGAGGACAUCCAUUGUGCGCCUGACAAAGGUUACCUGUGCAAACCAGGCCAAAUUUGGAAAAAUGCUCGGGUUUGCAGGAAAAGCAACUGAGAAAUUUGUUCUUCACCUCCCUUUCACACAGUGUCCAUGCUGUGUGGGCCGCUUUUAUUUAAUGGCUUUCGCUGUCUAUCUUUCCGAGCAAUUGCUUGGGUAUAGAAGUUCGUUUUUGUUGCCCAUAAAUAACUAGAUCUAGAUUUUUCAAAGCAUUAAGUAUGUUAUUGGAAAAGCUAUCUGCUCUUAAAAAAUCAAUAAUGCAGUGUUAUCCAAACAGCUGGUUUACGACGACUCUCAAUGACCACCAUACCUUGAAAAUUAAAAGGUCAAACUUUGAUAUAAGUAACGGAUUGAGUUAUUUUAUCAAACAAUUAAAUGGUUUUAUAAAAUUAUAAAUCAUUAGUUUUAUGUUUGUUUGUU